ACUUGGUUGGUUGUUACCUCGCUCAUAAGCCUUGCUUCCACACUUGCCCUUUGAACCAGAGCCAACUACUAUUUCUAACCAAUUCGAGUUUUGCCCUUCACAAGUGAAAUUCUAACAGUUUCUGCGCUUUCUCGUAACAAAACUUUGGUUUUUUUGAAAUCUGCGCGUUUCUCUGUAUUUGAUUUUCACGGAGACUUAUUUCAUUCAUGAUUGGGGCGAAUUGUGUCUUUUGACUCGUUUUGUUUGCUUGAGAAGAGCGCAAUUUGUUCUUUGAGACUUAUUCUCUUCCAUCUACUCACAAAUUCAACGGUUUCCUGUGCGAACGCGUUCAGCUUGCUUUGAUUUGAACUUGUGAAACCUGGUUAUGUCACAUCUUGCUGCUCGACCACCAACGUUUACGUUUGUCGAAGAUGACGACAAAUCUACUAGCUCUGAAUUGGAUGUUUUGUCUAGUGAGGGCUCGAAACGGAUUCCUACACAUCAGAAGACACCGUCCGAUAUCGUUCUGGACCAGGUCUUAGAGCUGUACAAUCGUCAUGACAUCGAGAACGCGGCACACGACUCCCUCUCGGUCACAUCCAGCGGAAGUGAUAUGGACGAGUCGAUGUACUCGUUCCCGGACGUUCCACCCGAUAUGGCAGAUGCCACAGCAACCGAGAGGCCGCCUGAGCUUCCUGACGUGAAUACGUUGCCUUACAACUCUCUCGCACUGCACACGAAAUUGCCGGUGACGCCUGUAGCACACACAGCGCCUGCAACAACUCCUUCAACACCUGUAACACCUUCACCAUCACAUCAACCGUCAGUACGGACAUCGACAACCUCUUUGCAUCCUCCAGUAGUCGCAUCUCGGCAGCAUCACCUCGGCCUGCCAACUAUUCCUCUUAAUAUUUCUGAUAAUAAAUCGCUUAAGGACAUUCUGCCAAGGUCGUGUCUCGCAGUACAAAAAGAUGAGGGUCCUCUCACACGUACAGCAUUAAAUACGGCCAAAGACCUGACCCUACCAUCUGACCGUGAUUUGUAUGGGUUCAAGAAAGUGACACAAUUUACGACCAAGGAACAGUACAACGCAUGGUUUUCCACAUACCGAGAUUUUAUGGCUCGUCGCGAGCACAAAUGGGAUAGUUUGCUCACAGAAUCCAACAUUGAUAUUAGCACCUGGCCUGUAACCCAGUUUCCCAGUCGCGGACAUAAGGUCCAGCGAUAUGUGCGGAAGGGAAUCCCGCCUGUUUAUCGCGGUGCUGCUUGGUUUUACUAUUCAGGUGGACACGAGUUGCUGCGGGAGCAUCGUGGAAUAUAUGAAUCGUUGUGGAAGCAUGCAUGUGUACACAAACCGAAGGAUGCGGAUUUGAUUGAGCGGGAUUUGCAUCGUACUUUCCCUGAAAACAUCUAUUUUCGUUCUACUCCUGAAAGUGUUGCUGGUGAGUAUAGUGAGGCUCCCAUGAUUAGCAAAUUACGUCGUGUGCUCAUGUCUUUCGCCAUGUACUCGCCAGAGAACGGAUAUUGUCAGAGUCUUAAUUUUCUUGCUGGACUAUUCUUACUGUUUAUGAGCGAAGAGAAAGCCUUUUGGAUGCUUGUCGUGACGUGCCGUAAGUAUCUUCCGCGAAUGCAUGAUGCCAAUCUGGAAGGCGCAAACAUUGACCAAAGUGUUUUGAUGGCCGCUGUACGUGACAAUUUGCCGGCUGUGUGGAGCAGGAUUGGGCUCAGCUUUGACGGCGUGCCUAUGAACGAUAUUAUUGAUAAACUCCCCCCUAUCACACUUGUUACGGCUGCCUGGUUUAUGUGCGCUUUUGUUGGUGUCCUCCCUACCGAAACAACCCUGCGCUUAUGGGAUUGUUUUUUCUAUGAGGGCAGCAAAGUGCUCUUCCUUAGUGCCCUAAGUAUUUUUCGUUUGGGAGAGGCGGAGAUAAAAUCAAAGAGCGAACAAAUUGACGUCUUUCAAGUCAUUCAAGACCUGCCUAAAUCCAUUCUUGAUGCAAACACGUUCAUUGCACUUUGUUUCCGGCGCAACAUACGCGGCACACCUUCGCAAAAGGAGAUUGAGAAACGCCGCCGCAAAGUCGCUGAGAAGCGUAGAUCCGCGGUAGGCUCUACUAGUUCAGACAAUCCUGAAACUCCGGUUCGCCGCACCUCAUCACGGUUCCGUCGCCCAAACAUUAUUAGCCAGAUUCAAUCACAUCUCAAAAUUUGAGAGGACUUUUGUUGUUGUGUGAUUGAUCAGAGCUUGUCAGUCGGCGUUCUUGCGUGGUCUUGAUAUAAACUAUUAUCCAAACCUUUCUUCAUUGAACUAUAUAUGACGAUGUGUAACCAUCUAAUUACUAAAUCAUGUGCUAUUACGAUGCAUGUGAACUAUGCAUGCCUGGGCUUUGGCUUAAGUGCCUUUCUCCAGCACUCAUCUAAUAACGAAUGAGAAGUCGCUGGAGCUGCACCUCACUUGCCGCACCUUCGUCAUUCUUUUUGUUUUCCUUUCCCUCUCAUCCUUCUCAUUUCCAUUCGUUUAAUGCGCUCUGCUAACACACAUACACUCUCUUUUUCGUCUUUUUCCCCCUCAAGUUUUCGAAUCCACAAAACACGACCUUGCAUAAUCUUACAUACCACGCUCCUUACAUUUUAAGCUAUUCAAUGCGAUAUGUACUUUUACCUCCAACAACUAAUCCAUCUUUCAUCAUUCUUUUUACGAAGAACAUCUUGCUUUAUUUGCUGGAUUAGAGUUCAAACAUGAUUUUCCUAUCGGCGAGUUAAUCGUGUCAACAAGAAAGUUCUUCGUAUCUAAUGCGCGUGCGUAUGGAGAUCUAAUUGCAUGUUUUUACCACGUUGCUCCUAAUGUUGGUUAAACGAACCUUGCUGGGGUUUUUUAAUUUCAGUUUUGUGUUUCAGCUUUUCCCGCCCUUUUCCCUUUUUCAAUCCCGCUCACGUUAUAGCAAUGUAGCAAACAAAGCAUGAAGCUGGAUGAGGUCGGCUUAAUUCCUUUUGAUUUUCCAGAUGGAGAUAAAAGUGCACCUGCAGGCCUGUGAUUAAGACAUUUUGACAACCAGUAAUGAGUGAGAAUAUUAAGAGAAAAAUAUAAACCAUUAUAACUACCGUUCCCAGAACAUUAAACCUUA